UAUUUUUAAUUGGGACAUUAUUUUAUACACGCAAUAUCUAUAUAUAAUCGGCGAAGCGUAGUCAACAUAACAUUUUCUUAGGGAGGCAAGUAAAGCUACAAAAAGUCUUGAGAAAUAAAUCAAAAGGAGAAAAAGAGCAUGAAACCUUCUUUAUUUCACCUCGUCUCUUUUGCUUUUAUAUUUCCUCAGCUUUCAAGAUUCUUUGCCAUAGCCAAUUGACCAUUACAGGCUUUGGCCUUUUCCUUGAUAUUUCCUCUUCUUCAGUGGCAGUCCUACCAAAAACUAGAAACAUUCAUAGGGGCAAAACCGUAACCAAACCAAAGAAAAACCUGAACUGAUAUCUUAUUCAAACCCUAGUCUGUCCCAUGUAUAUGUCUCACAGUACUCUUCAAAGAUGCUCACGGAAAAGGGCUUUUAAGUAAUUUGACACCUCGUGACAUAUCUGCCACACUUUUUUUAUAAGCAGGUGUCCCAUUUUUCUUCUCAAAGGCUGAACAAUCUUGAUGCGAUGUUUUCCAACAACAUCUUUAUUAUACCAUUAUUAGAUUAAAGUGUGUGUGUGGAAAUUUGAAUAUCUCUCUCUCUCUCUCAUAGUUACCUCAUCAAGCUCCUCCUUCAAAUCCUUAUUCUUGCUAGAUUUCUCUUUUGCUUUUUAUUUGAUAUCGCGCUGGUUCAUGGAUAUUGAGCCUUGCUUGAAGUUUUGGGGGGUGGUUUUUUGUUCUUCUAAACUGCAUGGCAACUACAAUUGGUCAAACCAGCAUCAAGUCACUGCAUCUCAAUCAACUCAUCCGUUUCAUCAUCACAAUCAUCUUCUUAGCUUUCUUUGUUCUCAUUAGCCCUAUAAGUUCAAUGAGUCAUCACCUCCAUGAAUCCUCAUCUAAGAAUACUAAAACUCCUUCCACGAGGUUCCUUCUACAACCUUCGACUCCAUCUUCAUCCACUAUGAAUUUGCGUCCAACAACUCACACUAGACGGAGUCGCAGUUCUUCUUCUUCGAGGAAGAGGAGGAGAGAGUUCGGAGCUGAAGCUCAUGAGGUUCCAAGUGGUCCAAACCCUAUCUCCAACUAGACAUGCCUUUACCCAUCAGUGUGUUGCUUGCAACCCUUUGGUCCAUAAUGCUGAGCAGAUUUCUUCACUACUUUCUUACAAAGAUAACAGAAAUGUGCUUGACAUGCCCAGCAAAACAAGUGAUUGUUGUUUCCCGCCUACACAAUAACCAACUCAAGAAUCAUCUCAUGAACCUCAAAAAACGAUAAAUCUUUGGCUUGAUAAAACCAAAUGUGUUAUUUGGAUUGCAAGCAACUAAGCAUUGACAAUUUAAUGCUAAUUAUAAAGAUUCUCAUAUUUUAAGUUUUGGAAGUUAGCAUUGUAUAGAAAAAAACGAGAAUACUUUUCACACGUGUAUGUAUCCAUCUAUAUAAUUCUCUCACAUUUAUGUUUUA